GUGGACAAAGACAAGGUCAAGCGGCUGAUGAAGGAGAUUGGGAAAGAGAUCCAGGAGCUGGACAUGACCGGCUGUUACUGGUUGCCGGGCUCGACCGUCGAUCAGGUGACCCACUGCAAGAACUUGGUGAAGCUGAACCUCUCCGGCUGCCACCUCACCUCCCUUCGCCUCUCGAAGAUGCUCUCGUCCCUGCAGCACCUCCGCUCGCUGGCCAUCGACGUGAACCCCGGCUUCGACGCCUCCCACCUGAGCAGCGAGUGCAAAGCCACCCUGAGCCGGGUGCUGGAGCUGAAGCAGACCCUCUACACGCCCUCCUACGGGGUGGUCCCCUGCUGCACCAGCCUGGAGAAGCUGCUCUUGUACUUCGAGAUCCUUGACCGAUCCCGCGAGGGCCUGAUCAUCUCCGGCCAGCUGAUGGUCGGGGAGAGCAACGUGCCCCAUUAUCAGAACCUACGGGUCUUUUACGCCCGGUUGGCGCCUGGCCCGGUCAACCAGGAAGUGGUGAGGCUGUACUUGGCGGUGCUGAGCGACCGGACCCCGGAAAAACUUCACGCCUUCCUCAUCUCCGCGCCGGGUGGGUUUGCCCAGAGCUGCGCCGUUAAAAACCUCCUGGAUUCCAUGGCCAGGAACGUGACCUUAGACGCCCUCCAGCUGCCUCGCUCCUGGAUGAACGGCUCGAGCCUCCUGCAGCACUUGAAGUUCAGCAACCCUUUCUACUUAAGCUUCAGCCACUGCAGCUUGUCCGGCGGGCAGCUGGUCCAGCGGGUGUUGAACAGCGGCAGAGACUUGGGCAGCUUGGUGGGCUUGAACCUGAGCGGCUGCGUCCACUGCCUGUCGCCCGAUUCCUCCUUGCGGAAAGCGGAGGACGACAUCGACAGCGGCAUCGCCGAAGCCCUGGUGGACGCCUGCUGCAACUUGAAGCACCUCAACCUCUCCGCCGCCCACCACCACAGCCCGGAAGGCCUGGGGAAGCACCUGUGCCAGGUGCUGGCUCGCCUGGAGGGCCUCCUCUCUCUGGCGCUGCCGGUUUGCGCCGUGGCUGACGCGGCCGCCGCCCUGCUGACGGCCGACAAGCCUUCGGUGCAGCCGGUGGCUCACUCCCAAGGGUUUGGGAAGAAAGUCCGAAUCGGGGUGCAGGCCUAUCCCAGGAACUGCUUGGAGCAGAGCGAUCCCAGGCCGCCGUCCUCCGUCUUUUGGACUCUUCUGGAAAACCUCCCGUUUCUGGAACGGCUGGAGCUGAUCGGCUCCAGUUUUUCCUCGGCCAUGCCUCGGAACGAGCCGGCCAUUCGGAACUCCCUGCCCCCUUGCAGCCGGGCGCAGCACAUCGGGGACGCUGAAGUGGCCGCCAUUGGCCAGCUGGCCUUCCUGCAAAGCCUCACCUUGGCUCAGCUGCCCAACAUCCUCACGGGCUACGGGCUGGUGAACAUUGGGGUGCAGUGCCAGCGCCUGCGGGCGCUCUCCUUGGCCAACCUGGGUCUGAUGGGCAAGGUGAUGUACGUGUCGGCUCUGGUGGACAUGCUGAAGCACUGCAGGUGCCUGCAAGAUCUCAGACUUGAACAGCCUUACUUCCACGCCAAUGCCCAGUUCUUCUGCGCGCUGAGCUGCUGUUCGUCCCUGCAGCGCCUCUGCAUCAUCUCCCGGAGUGGGACCCUCCAGUCCGACGCCGUGAUGUCGUUCAUGGCUGCCUGCCGCGAGGUCAUCAUGUGCCACAUGUUCAUGGGGGAAUCGCUCACCCUUUGCAAGAGCCUGCAGCAGACCUUGAUAAGGAGUUUCCAGGCCGAGCGCCCUGCGCUGAACGUGGUCAUCUUCCCUCUCCUGCACGAAGACCUGACCGAGGUCAUCCGGGACGUCCCCAUGAUGCACCUGGACGAGAUCACCUUGUUCAAGAGCCGAGUGGCCGAGGAGCCGCCGAAUUUGUGGUGGUGAUGGGCGAAGCGCAAGCAGAUCAAGAUGCCCAGAUGCCGGCCACUUUUCUCCUCCUCCUCCUCCUGGUUUGAGAGUCGCUGCCUUUUGGAGCCUCGUGGCCGUAGUCGGAAGGCCGUUCGGUUCUCGACGCUGCUCCGAGGAUCCCACUUGGGCAAAAUUUGCCCUUGGGAAAAAUAUUGUAAACACCGUCACCAUUAUUAUUAUUAUUAUUAUUAUUUAAAAAAAACAAUUCUAGCCCCUUCCUUACUAUUUAACGUCUGAAUUCUUGUUUUAACUUGAGGUGGGAAUUCAAGGCAAGAAGAAUUUCAGCUUGAAAGAAUGUACUCUUCCCCCACUCCUCUUCCGAAUCGCAUCAGUCCCUGGUUUGGGUGAAUCCACCUGACUUUUUUUUCCCCCGUCUUCGUCCCUUGUGGGGGGUUUUCUCACCACCUGGGCCGCUUGAAGCUGCCGUGGACUUCAAUUCCCAGAAUUCCCCCUUCCCCAGCCAGCGUGGAGACGACGUCCGCACAUCUCACACUUGCCCAGAGUUGAGGAACCAUCGCCCUUCUGCUCCAGGAUUUAUUCUUCCCUUCGCUUUUUAAGGCACUCCAAAAAUGACGGCAAAAGACAAACUUGUCUUGAACUGUGAGGAUCCAGAUGGAUUUGGGAUUUUUAGCAAUUGCUUAUAACUCUGGUUGCGUAGCCACCAUGUGCUAAUCGGAGAAGUGUGCCCUUCCGUCAGCUUUCUUGGAUGUCCAGAGUCCCCUCCUCUUCCCCGAGCCCACCCCACUGCCCCCGAAAGUCAGAAAGAGAUUGAGCAGCGGCGAGAGGCAAGAAGCCUUCCCAUCAACAUGAAAUGCACAGAAGGAACGGCGGAGGUUG